ACAGAGACAUUGAGGAAAGUGAAAUUGUGACUUGGACGGACGAAGGAUCUAUGUAUAGUGGUUAAUCGACUCGUGAACGACGAUCAAAUCUCACCAGAUUUUACGAAAAUACAUCCAGUGUUCUGUGAGUGUAACUGAAAAAGUGAUACCAGAGAUAGCUAAGGAGAUCGAGCAGAUUUACAUUUGGAGAACAGAAUGGGGAAUGCUAGGUCGCAACCUUGCCGACGGGGCAAACAACUUUAUCUGUUCUACCUUAUCAAUAGAACAUGGGGAAUCGUCGCGGAGCAUAGGAAGGAUCAAGAUCGUUCCUACGAUACCGAUCGCGAAACUGACUUAUCAUCGGGGUGCAGCGGUUGCAAUGGGUGCGAUUACCGACGGGACAGUCUUACCUUCGACAGCGAGUCCGACAUGGCACCAAACGCGGAGGAGGAGCUGCUGGUGGUAAAACCAUGGGGACUACAGCCGGAAAAGGAGCGAUUAAGACCACCUACGUACAACGCAGAGGACUACGCCUUCGCGCUCAGACGAUGGGGAAGACGUCCAUUAGGAAGCAUUCAAGACUCUCAAGGCACACUACCUUCGACGACCAGCUCGAGUUCCGGUUACGCUUCCGGAAGCGGCGAGAUGACCUUGAGACAAUUCACCUCGGUCAGCGAGCUUCUGAACAAGCUUAGAUCCGACCUCAGGCUAGCCUUUCCAAGCUUCGUUCAGGAAUUCUCAUCGCCCCCCGCUGACGGGAUCACCCUGUUGCUGGAGACUCUGCGGGGCGUACAACUGGCUCAAAGUUCACCACCCUCUUCCGGUCACACGGGUCCACGAGUCGGGACCAGAAGAGCGGCGCUGGACGAGCUGGGCUGCGUCGAGUGCCUGGCCGCGUGCGCCGAACGAUGCACCGACGCGCCGAGGCUAUUGGUGCAAGCUCAACCCGGUCUUCUUGCUCUAGCGGUCUGUCUGACCAGUAGCUUGAACCGGUCCCGUGUUCUGGCUCUUCAGCUACUGACCAAGGUCUGCCAGACACCAGGUGGCCACGAAGCAGUGUCAGAAGCGGUCUCCACGUUAAGGCUGAAGUACGGCGAAGGCGGAAGAUUCAGGUUCCUCGCCGGAGCUCUUCUAGCUCCACGAGCAGCGAUCGCGCUGAGAGUCGCGGGAGUUUCUUUUCUGAACGCGUUCCUGAAAUCUGCUCCUCGUACGCAAACCAGGUUAUACAUUCAGGCCGAAGCCUGCGAAGCUGGACUAGAGCCGCAGGUCCUUCAAGAAUGGCUGAAAGAAUUGGACGGCAGAGAGGAGGACGCUCUGAACGAUCUUCUGCACAAGGAGGUCCAGAAAUGGACCCACAACUGCGUCGACGUAGACGUCCUGCAGAGAAGAGUCGUGCGUGCCGAGGAAACCUGUAGAAUUCUCAGCAAAAAGGUAUCGGCUCUGCAGGCCGAACUGCAGCAGCUGCAGGUGGAGAAGCUGAACACUUACAAUCGUGAUGAUCGGGAGAAGGUGACGGUUCUCGGGGCGAAACAAUCCCCGAAAGUGUCCUCGAACGCGGAGGACGAGGGUAUCAGUUCGUCUGAAAGAUCCAGCAGUCCAGAGAACACGAAACACCAAUUGCGUGGUAAUCAUCAAAAGCACAGCUCGUCACCGGACAAUGAUCAAGAGACCACCAUAGAGGAUGUGAUCGAGGAGCUGAGAAUUAUUGUAAAGGACGCGGAGGAGGAAUUCGUUGAUAAAAGUCACGAGGAGAAGCGAGUGGAUCGGGUCACGGAUCAGGAUUCGCCGAAGAUCAAGGUAUACAAAAAUUCCGAUUCUUACUUAUUCGACAGGGUACUGAAGAGGGAUCAGCAAUCGGACGCAAAGAUUCCACAGUCCAACGCGGGCUCGAAUGUCUCUCAGAGUGUAAUAAAAGGUGAACAGGUGACCUACUUUGGUAACGAUCGAGAUUACAGUACGGAUUCCAGUAGCGCCAGGCGUCGUCUGAACACGGACACGCGAAGAAUCUCGAAAUCUUCGGUGGAAGGCAGCGUAAAGAUCGUUAUAAAAGGGCCAGACGUCGAAGACGCGAUUGUCCCGACUAUUCUGUACCCUCAACCGCCGAGAAGAUCGCCGCCAUGUUUGUCCGCGAUCAUGGCGGUGAGGCAUUGCGACUUUCCAGAUCACGAAGAGACGUACAAUUCUCAUGAUGAAGAGAUCGAGGAGGAGACUUUGGGGGAUGGUAGUGAUUCUCUUCUGAGCGCAUCUCGACUCAAGUACAACGGGAAGAAUCCAACCUACGAGGAACAGAUCGGAAACGCCGAUGCUGACCACUUUCAGCAGCAAUCGAGAAAUGAAGCGGAUAACGAGAACGACGGUAAAUUUAAGAAAAGCUUCGACGAUCUUCGACACUUCAGUGAAAGCGAGGUAAAGGACAAGAAGACGGCUAGAAAUUACGAGAGUUCGUGUAGACUCAAGGGCGUGACGGCGAACGAGUCGAAAUCGUGCAACCGUCAAACGGAUGGAUUCGUUCAGAGGCACAACUCGAAGUACAGAAGUGAAGUAGAGAAACGUAAGCUUCUUCGUAGGUCCACGAGCCACGAUUACCUCGAGUCUAGCGCCUCGAGUCCACGGUCAAGAAGAUCCGGGCGAAGCAGGGUGGAGAGUCACAUCAGGAAGUUCGAGAGCCUGAACUCGUUCGACGAGCAUCGCAGUCUGCAGAGUUACGGUAGACCGGGCAGCUCCGAGAAUCUCAGCAAACAGGAACAUCAAUUCUUCGAUGAGAAUUCCAGAACCAGAAUGCGUAGAUCCGAGUCCUUCCAUCAUAUAUCCCACGUUGCCAAAAAAGAACAGUGUUCCUCGCGAGGAGGAAGCGACAGCGGAUUAUUCUAUGUCACGGAUUUCAACUUGGAGCCGUUUGUAACUCGAAGACCCAGAUCCAUCGAAGCUCCAAAGUCACCGAGUUUGUUAACCAAGUCCUUGGAUAGAAUCGACGAGGGUCUGGACUCGAUGGUCGACAUCGUUAUUACAGAAGAGAAGAGUCAAUGGAGUUCGAGCAAGUACCAAACGAAAACAAACAAAUCUCGGGAAGACAGGCAGCUGGUUAGAUCGAAGUCCAGUAGAGUAGAGGACUCGAACAGCUGUUAUGAGCUGGAAACGAAUGGUAGAAAAGAAGAGUCGAGGAAUAAACACUUGAAAAACGAUGAAUUUUAUGCUAUUAAUGUGAACAAUAAGCAGCUAAGAAGCGACGAAUUGUACGACGAGCAGAGGAAUCGUGAAUGGAACUGUCAAAAUGAAUUGAAUUCGGCUAGAAAGAAUGGAGAGUUCGACUUCGAUUGUACUCCCGUGAUACUUAUGAAAAACGGAGUGAGGCACAACUCGUUCAGCCAACACGAAAACAUUGGCAGUAAAUUCUCGAAUAGAUCGAAAGAUUCAGGAAUUUUCGCUGGCCGAACUUACGACACGUUCGGUCUCGGAAAACAUCGUUUCAAUGCUGGAAAAUAUUCGGGAAAUCAACAGAUCAAGGACAGCCCGAUCGGAAGGAGGAACACGACCUCGUCUGCGAUUGGAAAUCACGGAAAGGUCACAGACGUUGUGUCGGGGCUUUAUUGA